AUGGACGGAAUGAAUUUGGACAUGUCCAACGCGGCUGUUAUGAAGGAUGAGCAAGGACGCCCCUUCAUUGUCGUCAGAGAUCAGGGCAGGAAGAAGCGCCAGUUUGGCAACGAAGCCGUCAAAUCUCACAUUCUCGCCGCCCGUACCGUCGCAAAUAUUGUCAAGUCGUCUCUUGGCCCUCGCGGACUCGACAAGAUUCUCAUCUCCCCCGACGGAGACAUCACCGUGACGAACGAUGGCGCUACUAUCCUACAGCAGAUGGAGAUUACCAACCACGUCGCUAAGCUACUGGUAGAGCUUUCCAAGUCACAAGAUGACGAGAUUGGUGAUGGUACCACUGGUGUUGUUGUCCUUGCUGGUGCUCUCCUGGAGCAGGCGGCCGAUCUGAUCGACAAGGGCAUCCACCCCAUCCGAAUUGCCGACGGUUACGACCAAGCCUGCGAUAUCGCUGUUGCUGAGCUUGACAACAUCUCAGAUACCAUUGACUUCUCUCUCGAGGAGACAUCUAACCUUGUCAAGGUGGCACGAACAAGUCUGGGCAGCAAGAUUGUUUCCAAGGCUCAUGACCAAUUCGCCAACAUCGCCGUUGACGCCGUUCUAUCUGUUGCCGACCUCGAGCGAAAGGACGUCGAUUUCGAGCUAAUUAAGGUUGAUGGAAAGGUUGGAGGUGCCCUCGAGGACACCCUCCUCGUCAAGGGAGUUAUUGUCGACAAGGACUUCUCUCACCCCCAGAUGCCCUCAGAAGUGCGCGAUGCCAAGAUUGCCAUCCUGACCUGCGCAUUCGAACCCCCGAAGCCCAAGACCAAGCACCACCUCGACAUCACUAGCGUCGAGGAGUUCAAGAAGCUACAAAACUACGAGAAGGAGAAGUUUAUUGAGAUGAUCCAGCAGAUCAAGGAUACAGGUGCCAACCUGGCCAUUUGCCAGUGGGGUUUCGACGAUGAGGCCAACCAUCUCCUUCUCCAGAACGAGCUACCAGCCGUUCGAUGGGUCGGUGGACCUGAGAUUGAGCUGAUUGCUAUUGCUACCAACGGUCGUAUUGUCCCUAGAUUCGAGGACCUGACCGCAGAGAAGCUGGGAAGUGCUGGUGUUGUCCGAGAGAUGACCUUCGGUACAACACGGGAGAAGAUGCUUGUCAUUGAGGAGUGUGCCAACACCCGCGCUGUCACAGUCUUUGUCCGAGGCAGCAACAAGAUGAUUAUCGAUGAGGCUAAGCGAUCUCUGCACGAUGCCCUCUGUGUGGUGCGAAACCUGGUCCGCGACAACCGUGUCGUUUACGGCGGUGGUGCCGCUGAGAUUGCUUGCUCUAUGGCUGUUGAGGAUGCGGCUAUGAAGACCCCUGGCCUUGAGCAGUACGCUAUGCGUGCCUUCUCUGAGGCUCUCGACACCGUCCCCAUGACCCUUGCUGAGAACAGUGGUCUGAACCCUAUCGCUACUCUUGCCGAGAUCAAGAGUCAGCAGGUCAAGGCUGGUCCUGCGGGACGAGGAAGACUUGGUGUCGAUUGUAUGGGACGUGGAGAUAACAACAUGAGGGACGCCUUUGUCAUUGACCCCCUUAUUGGCAAGAAGCAGCAGCUUCAGUUGGCCACACAAUUAUGUCGCAUGGUCCUGAAGGUCAACAACGUUAUUGUGUCUGGAGCUGAUGACAACGACUUUUAA